AUGAAAGCGGGCCCGGAGAUGGCGGAGCAGCCCCUUCUGGGGUCGGACACAAAUUUUAUGCAAAGCACCGAUCAUCGCCGGACCUUAAAUAGUAAUGGAAAUGGACCCAAACCCUCAUGGAUGGAGUAAGUUAUCUUUUCCUUCGGUGGAAACAGCAACAUUCAGUUUUGUUGGUCUGCAUUAAGUCUAGGGGUGCAGAAAAGAUUUAAAAAUGCUAAUACGAUAGAAUUCAAUGGUAUCGCUGGUAUUUUUCUGAUUUUACAGCAACACCAUUUUGAUUCUAUAGUAAUAAGUUUUGUUUUGAUGGUUACAGUAACCCAAGAAGAGGAUAUUUUUUUAAAUUUUUGGUUUUCUGACCAAAUUCGUGCGUAAAUCACAGAUAUCAGUGAUUGUUGGGUCUUUCCGUGUGUUUUUGACUACUUUUUAUCCAAAAAUUAUUCAAUUUACGUCUGAACUCGGGGAUUUUUGAUGUUUUUAUCACCGGAAAAACAGGAGAAAUGAUACGAUCUGUGAUUAAUGUGCAAAUCGCUGGGUUUAUAAGGACCCUGGGGUCGUGAAAGUGAGGGUUGAAAUCGUCGAGGAAUAACUUUUUUGAUCAUUUUUAUAUGGGUGUCGUGCACAACAAAAAAAAUUUAGAUUUCUUACUCAAUAAUUCGAAAUAUUUGGUGCGAAAUGUUCUUAUCCUGGUUGGUCUUAUCUGCAGGCCAUAUCUUUUUUCUGUUUUUUAAAAUACGUGCUUGGCUGUGUUUGUUCAGAUGGGUAAUGUAGGGAAACAAUGUAAUGUUUGCAGUUAUUUCCGGAAGUUUGGUGCCAAGAAGGAGAAGAAGGACUUUGUGGUCGUCAUGGGUCGCAAGCUUGCCAAACGCGACAACAAAGGGAAUGUCGCUCUCGAUUACAAUCAGGCUUCAUUUCACGAAAUGGUGGGUUACUGUAAUUUUGGGAUUCUUGAUUGCAAAAUAAUGAAGAAUUCUCAAUUUGAAGGCGUUUUGGGAAUAACGUCUUCUGAUGAUCGCUUUAGGAUUGAUUAUGGUUUAAUAGAAUGUGUGGUUGUAUGGUAAUAUACCUGGCACUUUUUUAGAUGCGUUAUGCCAGCAAAUUUGAUUGGUUCCUCUUCUGGACUGGAGCGAUUCUCUCCGUGAUUGCUGGCGCUCUUGCUCCUGUGGGUUCGGUCAUAUUCCGAGGGAUUACGAAUACUUUGUUGAUUGCUCAGAACGAAUACGAUCAUGGUGGAAUAAACUUGGAGCAGUUCUCUUCCGACGUCCUCUUUUAUGUCCUCAUGUAUUUGUUGCUGGGUGUUGUUACGUUUGUUUUUAGUUAUUCCGCGGUGAGUUGUGUCUUCUUAUUGGAUUACGUCAAGUGUGACAUCUUUUUAAUGUUUUGCCUUUUAGACUGCUUGUUUCUUUACUCUUUGUGAACGACAGUUGGAUAUCUUCCGGAAGAAGUUCCUCUACGCGGUGUUACAUCAGGAUAUUGAGUGGUUCGACUCGAAUGAAAUCGGAAAGCUUACACAGAAGAUGUCCUCGUAAGUAAUAGGGUUUGUUUUAAUUGCGGAUGUUGUUGUGAGGUGUAUAAUCUGGUAUGUCUUUUCAGAGGAAUUGACCGUAUUCGAGAUGGAACUAGUGAUAAGAUUGUGAUGAUCAUCCAGGCCUUCGCUUGUCUAAUUUCUGGACUGGUUGUUGGGUUCUGUAUGAGCUGGCAGAUGACCUUAGUCAUGUUGGUGGUUAUUCCAUUUAUCAUCCUUGUCAUCUGGGGAUCUGCUUGGGUCAGUUGCCACAUAUCAGAACUAUUUAAAUUUUCAUGUUUUUAUUUGUUCUUUACAAAUUUUUUUCUUAACUUUAGACAGUACGAUCGUCCCUUCGAAAACAGAACGAAGCUUAUGGAACAGCUGGUGCAGUCGCUGAAGAAGUGAUCAAUGGAAUCAGGACUGUCGCCGCUUUCAAUGCACAGUUCUUUGAGAUCGAAAGGUACAGUAAAUACCUGCAUUUGGGAUGUCGGAACGGAACGGUGAAACAUCUUUUGACUGGAGUCUUCAGUGGAAUGUAUCUUUUGAUUCUGUUUGCUUCGAUGGGCGUGGCAUUCUGGUAAGUUAAAUUUUGUGCAUUCCAAGCCUUUUGGGUGUUUAUAAAGUAUUUACAUAUUUCUUUUGUAGGUUUGGUACCAUGAUUGUAUUGGAUGGAGGAAUGACCCCAGGUACCGUAUUCGCCGUCUUCUGGGCUUGUGUUAUUGGGGCAAUGAGAGUUGGACAAGCGGUUCCUCAGAUCUCAACUAUCAUGGGAGCCAAGGUCUCGGCCGGAGAAGUCUUCUCCAUAAUUGACAGAGUAAGAGUCAUAAUAAAUAGUAGUCUGAUAAACGCAUUCUACAUUUUUUAUGGUAAUGUUUUUAGAAGCCUAAAUUGGAUUGUUCGACAGAAAAGGGAAUCAAACUUGCGAAGGUGGAGGGCCGGAUCUCCUUCGACGACAUUUAUUUCCAUUACCCAAGCCGGCCAGAUGUCCCAAUUCUGAAUGGAGUCUCUUUCGAAGUGGAACCAGGACACACCGUAGCGCUAGUUGGACAUAGUGGAUGUGGAAAGUCGACGAUGAUCUCUUUCUUGAUGAGAUAUUACAGUCCGGAGAAAGGCAGUGUGAGCUUUUUUAUCGACUUUAUGUCAUCAUCCGUAUUUGGUGAUUAAAAUUUAAUUUUAGGUCUUGAUUGAUGGAAAACCAAUUGAAGAUUUGAAUGUGAACUGGCUGAGGAAUGUAAUCGGCAUUGUCUCGCAAGAACCAAUUGUAUUUGCUGCGACGAUCACCGAGAAUAUGAAGAUGGGAAAGGAAGAUCUGACCGAAGAAGAGAUGAUCAAGGCUUGUGAGGCGGCCAACGCCCAUGAAUUCAUCUGCAGAUUGCCUAACGUAAGUUUGGAAGGAUUGAGGACCGACGACUUUUUACGUUUUGCCAUAGUUUCCUGGAUGUUUUCAGGGCUAUGAUACGCAAAUCGGCGAAGGCGGAGUCAAGCUUUCUGGAGGUCAAAAACAGCGUUUGGCCAUUGCUCGAGCACUGGUUAGAAAUCCCAAAAUCUUACUUCUGGAUGAAGCUACCUCUGCCUUGGAUACGGAAUCAGAACGGAUCGUCCAAAAAGCAAUUGAUCAAGCGGCCUCGGGCAGGACAACAAUCAUGAUCGCCCAUCGACUGAGCACUGUGCGAAAUGCUGAUAAGAUCAUUGUAUUUGAUCAUGGAAAGAUUGUUGAACAAGGAACUCAUGAGGAAUUGAUGGAACUGGGUGGUAUCUAUAAAGGAUUGGUACAAGCACAGGAGAUCGAACAGUACCGAGAAGUGGACGAUGUUGUAGUAGAAGACGAAGGAAGUCCUAGCAAAGCUCUCAGCAGAUCCAGUUCAAGAGGAUCGAGAUCCGAAUUCAGUGAUUCGCAGAGAGUGAGAGCCAGCAAUCGACUGAAGCAAUCUAUGGCUUCGGCUGCACAGAAUGAUCCCGACACGGAAGAGUAAGACUUGUUUUGUAAUUGAUUAAAUAUUUUAGUCAAAUCGAAGAGAUGGAAGAGGAAGACGCCGAGAAGGCCAGCUUCAAAGAUAUUUGGGAAUUCGCGAAGCCAGAGCGGGUGAGGUUUGUCCUCGGAUUGAUCUGCACCUUCCUCAGAGGGGCCAUCUUCCCGGCCUUUUCUCUCAUUUAUGGUCAGAUGUUUACCGCAUUGGAACAAGCACUCAGCGAAAAUAAACAUGAAGAAGUCACCUCAAAGAACGUCGUGAAUGCAUUGGCGUUUGGAGGUCUUGGAUUGUUCGGAUGCAUAUUCACCUUGACUUCUGGUUAUCUGUUGGGUCAGGUGGGAGAACGAAUGACCAUGAGGUUGAGAAUUGAAGUGUUUAAGGUGAGUAAAUAUAAGGUUUACACUUUUUGACGGAUUGGAAUUUAUAUUUAUUAUGUUGAUUGUUUUCAGAACAUUCUCCGUCAAGAUGGUGCUUAUUUUGAUGAUCUUCGUCAUUCCACUGGUAAACUGACCGCACGCCUCGCUUCUGAUGCUCCAAAUGUUCAAGCGGCUAUUGAUCAGCGUCUGGCUGAGGUCCUACAAGGCUUGGUCUCUCUGAUUUGCGGUGUUGCUAUCGCGUUUUACUUCAGUUUCACCAUGGCUCCAAUUGGGUUGGGGUCAGCUGCUGUAAUUGUCAUCAUCCAAUUGUUCUUGACUAAUGUCCUCAAAAAGAGAGCCCUAAAAGACGUUAUGGUUGCUGAGGAGGCGUCUAGGGUAAGCUUUUGUUCCUAUUGGUUGUUUGAUUAUAACUUUUCUUGUUCUUAUUGAUGGUAUUUUUAGAUUGCGUCGGAGUCUAUCGAACAUGUGAAGACGGUCCAAGCUCUCACUCGUCAGAAUUAUCUCUACGAAUCGUUCUGCCGAGCCUCGGUCCAGCCUCAUAAACGUGCCAUCUUCCGAGGCCUUCUUCAGUCUCUUACUUAUGGUCUAACUGGUGCUUUCGUCUCUUUCAACUUUGCUUCCGCUUAUUUCUUUGGACUUCUUCUGAUUCAAGGCGGAUAUACCACUCCAUUCAUUGUUUUCCAGUGGGUUUUUUAAAAGUUUUUCUAUAUGAUUUGUCAUCUUUUUAUGUUAUAAAAAUUGAUUUCAGAGUUAUCGAAGCCCUUAAUAUGGCCUCGAUUACCGUAAUCGCAGCAGCAUCGUUUUUCCCAGAAUAUAUCAGAGCCAAGGUCGCUGCAGGUCUAAUGUUCAAGAUGAUGAGGCAUGAAACCAAGAUUGAUUCGCUGUCGGAUGCUGGAAUGACACCUGUAAUUUUUCUUAUUUCUUUCUUAUGUUUUUACUCUAUGUUUUUAUCCUCAAUCCCAUUUUUAGGUGAUUGAAGGGAAUGUGGAAUGUGAGAAUGUGUUCUUCUGUUACCCCAACACUCCGCAUUACCUGAUCCUCAACGAAUUCUCAGUCACCGCGCAUAAAGGAGAGACCCUCGCUUUCGUUGGACCGUCGGGAUGUGGAAAGUCGACUACAAUUCAGUUAUUGGAAAGGUAUUAUGAUGUGAUGGCUGGAUCCAUAAAGAUUGAUGGCGUCGAUAUCCGUCAGAUUUCCAUCAGGCAUCUCAGAAAUCACUUGGCAAUUGUCUCCCAAGAACCGACCUUAUUUAACCUUUCGAUUGCUCAGAAUAUUGCGUACGGAUUGGAUAAUAUUGACAUGAAUGCUGUGAUCAGUGCAGCCAAGACCGCCAAUGUUCACGACUUCAUCGACUCUCUGCCUCACGUAAGGCAUUUUUGGAAUUUGAGUACUUAUUUAUUAUUAUUAAUAAGCAUUAUGAAAGACGUCUGGUGUGAUAUAAAAAUCUUGGAGAUAUACGGUUUGUAUUUUAGAAAUACGACACUCCGGUUGGAGCACGAGGAGGUCAACUGUCUGGAGGUCAGAAACAACGAAUCUCCAUCGCCAGAGCCAUGAUCAGAAACCCGAAGAUCCUCCUUUUGGACGAGGCUACUUCCGCUUUAGACUCCGAAUCCGAAAAGAUCGUGCAAGCAGCGUUGGAUAAGGCCAGUCGAGGAAGAACGGCCAUCACCAUCGCUCACAGACUUUCCACCAUCCAACAUGCUGAUCAAAUUGCAGUAGUGAAGAAUGGGCAUGUGGUGGAAAACGGAAAACAUCAACAACUUUUGGCCAGGAAAGGUCUCUAUCAUCGAUUGGUCCAAAAACAAAGUGGAUAG